AUGCGCACCCUCAUGUCCAUUUCGUUGCUCUUCGGCAUUAGCCAUGCCCUGAACAACGCCUACCUGCCGGCCAACAAUGGCUACGCCCCGGAGCGCCCUUUGGCCACGGAGUACUUCACUUACGCGGCUCCGCCGGAUGAGGAUCAGGCAGCGCCCUGGCAGGCAGCCCGAGAGCUGGCCACGGCCCUGGCGCCGCCGCAGCAGGUCGUCUUCAUUCGCACUCCGGAGACGAAUCUGUUCACGCUGACGGCCAAGCAGCUGGCAUCCCAGAAUCCACUGGACAUUUAUGUGCUGCAGCGGCAGGCGGAUACGGCAGCUUUGGCCGAACAACAGGCCGCCAUUCAGCAGCAGGCGGAGCACAAGCCAUCGGUGCACUUCGUCAAGUACCGAACGCCCGCAGAUGUCACGAGGGCUCUGGCCAGCCUGCGGAGCGGCUACGAUCAGCUGCCCGGCAACAGUAUUAGCCAUGCCAUCGAGUCUGCCGAUGUCUUCGAAGUGAAGCCGCAGCAGAGUGUGCCCCCGACAAUCCGACAGCCGGAGCCAGUUAUUUUCAAGAUCCUGCCCAAGGGCGGCUCCGACUAUGAAGUGCACGAGGAGGCCACAGAACUGGAAAUGGCGCGGCUGCAGGCCCUGUUCCGGGACUACCUGCCGCCGGGGAAGCACUCAAGCUAG